AUUUUUGUGGUGAAAACCAGUUUGAAUUAUGAAAUAAAUCUUUAGAUGAUUAUUUUCUUAGCGUAGCUGAAAAAACAAUGAUUAUUGUAGUAAAUGGUGAUAAACUAUUUGAGAAAAAGGUAGUUGAAUAUUUGGAGAAGAUUAAAGAAACAACAACAUAUAGAGAUUAACCUGUUUAAGAUGAUAAACUAAGAAUAGCAUAUAAAAUGUUUUAUGGAAUAGGGCGAACUUAAAAUUUUUCGACAUUCUAAGGAUAUAAUACAUUAGGAUUUUUUCUAUUAAAAUGAUC